AUUGAGCUGUAGGUUCUGGAGGUGAUUCUUGAGCACUGACAUUAUUACAUCUGUGAUUCCAGACUGUCCGAGAACUGCUGCAGAACCCGACUGAGCCCGUCAACGACCAGUCCUAUUUCCACUGUCUGGACAGCGUAAUGGAGAACUCCAAGAUUCUGGGUGAAUCGAUGGCCGGAAUCUCUCAGCACGCCAAGACCAGUAAUUUACCGGAAUUUGGUGAAUCUGUUGGUACUGCCUCAAAAGCCCUGUGUGGUCUGACCGAGGCAGCGGCUCAGGCUGCAUAUCUUGUUGGAGUUUCGGACCCCAGCAGCCGCGCCGGUACGCAGGGUCUUGUGGAUCCCACCCAGUUUGCUCGAGCUAAUCAGGCUAUUCAGAUGGCAUGUCAGAACCUGGGAGACCCGGCCUGCACACAGUCACAGGUGCUGUCAGCUGCCACCAUAGUGGCCAAACACACGUCUGCCCUGUGCAACGCCUGCCGCCUGGCAUCAACUCACACCUCCAACCCUGUGGCCAAGAGGCAGUUUGUGCAGUCAGCUAAGGAGGUGGCCAACAGCACAGCCAACCUAGUGAAGACCAUCAAGGCCUUGGAUGGAGCAUUCAAUGAAGAGAAUCGGGUGAAGUGCCGUGAUGCCACCAUCCCACUGAUCCACGCCGUGGAGAACCUCACCGCCUUUGCCUCCAAUCCAGAGUUUGCUAGUGUUCCAGCGCAUAUCUCGCCGGAGGGACUCCGCGCCAUGGAGCCCAUUAUCAGCUCCGCUCAGGCCAUGCUGGAAAGUUCCUCUGGCCUGAUCCAGACCGCACGUUCUCUGGCUGCCAACCCUAAGGACCCUCCGCAGUGGUCAGUGCUAGCUGGCCACUCCCGCACAGUGUCUGAUUCCAUCAAAAAGCUGAUCACUAACAUGAGGGAGAAGGCACCAGGUCAGAGAGAAUGUGACCAGGCCAUCGAGCUGCUGAACCAGGCGGUGAGAGAGCUAGACCAGGCCUCCUUAGAAGCCAUCAGUCAACAGUUGUUGCCACGAGAGGGCAUAUCCCAGGAGGCUUUGCACAACCAGAUGCAGACAUCGGUGCAGGAGAUCAGUAACCUCAUAGACCCGCUGGCCGCAGCAGCGAGGGCAGACUCGUCACAGCUCGGACACAAGGUAUCUCAGAUGGCGCAGUACUUUGAGCCAUUGACCCACGCAGCUAUUGGAGCCGCCUCCAAGACCAUCAACCACCAGCAGCAGAUGAACCUUCUGGACCAGACCAAGACGUUAGCAGAAUCGGCCCUGCAGAUGCUCUACACUGCCAAGGAGGCUGGAGGCAACCCCAAGGUGGCAGCACAUACACAGGAAUCUCUGGAUGAAGCCGCCCAGAUGAUGCACGAAGCAGUGGACGACCUGACUGCCACUUUUAAUGAGGCAGCGAGUGCGGCAGGGGCCGUAGGGGGAAUGGUGGACUCUAUCACUCAGGCCAUCAACAAGCUGGAUGAGCAGCCCAUCGGGGAACCAGAGGGAUCCUUUGUUGACUAUCAGACGACAAUGGUGAAAACGGCCAAAGCCAUUGCUGUGACGGUUCAGGAGAUGGUCACAAAAUCCACCACAAAUCCUGAUGAACUGGGGACUCUGGCGAGCCAACUUACUUCAGACUAUGGCCAACUUGCACAUGAAGCCAAACCGGCAUCUAUGACAGCGGAAAAUGAAGAGAUUGGAUCCCACAUUAAGCAGCGGGUACAAGAGCUGGGCCAUGGUUGCUCUCAGCUGGUCACAAAAGCUGGUGCCCUCCAGUGCUGCCCAACAGACGCUUACACCAAGAGAGAGCUGAUCGACUGUGCACGGCUUGUGUCCGAAAAGGUCUCUCAUGUUUUGGCCGCCCUUCAGGCUGGUAACCGUGGCACGCAGGCCUGUAUCACCGCUGCCAGCGCCGUGUCUGGGAUCAUUGCUGAUUUGGACACCACCAUUAUGUUUGCCACAGCUGGAACGCUGAACAGAGAGAACGCAGAGACGUUUGCAGAUCACCGCGAGGGUAUCCUCAAGACUGCCAAAGCUCUGGUAGAAGACACAAAGGUCUUGGUUCAGAAUGCAACGUCCAGUCAAGAGAAGCUGGCCCAGGCUGCGCAAUCAUCCGUGACAACUAUCACACGACUGGCUGAGAAUGUCAAGCUUGGUGCGGCCAGCCUGGGAUCUGAGGACCCAGAGACUCAGGUGGUUCUCAUAAAUGCAGUGAAGGACGUGGCCAAGGCUCUAGGCGAUCUGAUCAGUGCCACCAAGGCUGCAGCCGGGAAGUCAAGUGAUGACCCCUCAGUCUACCAGCUGAAGAAUUCAGCCAAGGUGAUGGUGACCAAUGUGACGUCUCUCCUGAAAACUGUGAAAGCUGUGGAAGAUGAGGCUACCAAGGGAACCCGGGCCCUGGAGGCCACAAUAGAACACAUAAGGCAGGAGCUUGCGGUUUUCACCUCCCCGGAGCCUCCUCCACAGACGUCCACCCCAGAGGACUUCAUUCGCACGACCAAAGGCAUCACCAUGGCCACUGCCAAGGCUGUUGCUGCCGGAAACUCGUGUCGUCAGGAAGACGUCAUUGCUACAGCCAACCUGAGCCGGCGGGCGAUCGCUGACAUGCUGCGCUCAUGCAAGGAAGCCGCCUACCACCCUGAGGUGAGCGCAGACGUGCGCAUCCGUGCCAUGAGGUUCGGAAAGGAGUGCGCCACGGGCUACCUGCAGCUCCUCGACCAUGUGCUGGUGAUCCUUCAUAAGCCGAGCGCCGACCUGAAGCAACAGCUGGCGGUAUUCUCCAAACAUGUGGCCGGUUCAGUAACCGAGCUGAUCCAGUCUGCGGAGGCCAUGAAAGGCACCGAAUGGGUGGAUCCCGAAGACCCCACGGUGAUUGCUGAGAAUGAGCUGUUGGGAGCUGCAGCCGCUAUAGAAGCCGCAGCCAAGAAGCUCGAGCAGCUGAAACCUCGUGCCAAACCCAAGCAGGCGGACGAGAGCUUAAACUUCGAAGAGCAGAUCCUGGAGGCAGCCAAGUCCAUUGCAGCAGCCACCAGUGCCCUUGUCAAAGCGGCAUCUGCAGCCCAGAGAGAGCUGGUGGCCCAGGGCAAGGUUGGAGCUAUCCCAGCCAAUGCAGUAGAUGAUGGCCAGUGGUCGCAGGGUCUGAUCUCAGCUGCCAGGAUGGUCGCUGCCGCUACCAGUAAUUUAUGUGAGGCAGCAAAUUCUGCGGUUCAAGGUCAUGCCAGCGAGGAGAAGCUGAUAUCAUCCGCUAAGCAGGUGGCUGCAUCCACAGCUCAGCUUCUUGUGGCUUGUAAAGUGAAAGCUGACCAUGAUUCGGAGGCCAUGAAGAGACUGCAGGUGGCAGGUAACGCCGUGAAGCGAGCGUCCGACAACCUAGUAAAAGCUGCUCAAAAAGCAGCUGCAUUCCAAGAGUAUGACGAGACGGUGGUGGUGAAGGAGAAGAUGGUGGGAGGGAUUGCACAGAUUAUUGCAGCUCAGGAAGAAAUGUUGCGUAAAGAGCGCGAGCUUGAGGAAGCGCGGAAGAAGCUGGCCAUGAUUAGACAGCAGCAGUAUAAGUUUCUGCCAUCAGAGCUGCGAGAAGACUCCCAGAACUGAAAAUUCGGCUGACUCAUUCCCACCCAACAUGCCAUUAACAUUACCCAGCCCCCCCCUUCCCAACUACUGAGGCUUAACCGGCUUCUCCCGCUCACUAAUCACUCUUGCACAUGGGCCUCAGUAGUCAGUAUGAAUCCGGUGCUCUGGGACUUGGGGCCACAUGGUUCAUCUUCUUCCUCAGAUGCCUGAGCUGGAAAGAGCAGAACACGUUGUGUGAAUACUGUCCGUUCCCAGCUUGUGAACGGUUUGUUUUGUACUGGUGGUGCCUUAUUGCCCUGACGCUGGCUUGUGAGCAGGGCUGAUGCCCUGUCUAUGCUGUAUUAACCUCCAGCUGCUUGCCUCUCCUGCUGUCCUCCGCUGUGCACUCACAGGGAGGUGGAGUGAAUGCUGUGUGCCUGGUGACCUCUGUGUAUGUGCGACCACAUGCCGACAAGUGCCUGAACGUGCCGUGCACAAUCAAACUGUUACUCCUUACCGUGCCGCGCGCUUCCUCGUCUCCCCAUGACAUCCCGUUACAUUUCUAUAUAAAGUAUAUAUUUUUAUUUUGCAUUUUGUUGAAAUUUUAUAUGCUGUUCUGAUGGAGCGUGAGCGAUGCCGUCUGUGCCUGCUCACUUCCAUGGCUCCACCAAAACUCUUCUCACCAAUAAAUAUCUUCACCUCGGA